ACACAACCGCCGACUGGAGCGCUCAGCCCGGGGCCCCGGAGUGUCCGCGUCGGCUCGCCUCUGCUCUGCUGGUCGGUGCCCGUGGAGGCUGCACACCGGAGGGGGUGGGGGGGUUUGGGUGGAGCUCCGGUCCGGUCCGAGGAAUGUAACGUUGGGUUUUUUUUAGCGACUGGAAGAAGACAACAAGCGACGGUACAAGGAGAAGAGAAGCUGAGCUGCAAAGUGUGGAGGUUCAGAUUCGUCCUUCCUCCUCUCACCCCUGAACCUUGACCCGACUCUCCUCCAACAAUGGCUCACCGGUCUCAGAGUUCAUCGAUUGGGGAGAACCCCCUCGACCCGAACUACCUGCCCCCACACUACCGGGAGGAGUAUCGUCUGGCCAUUGAUGCUCUGAUAGAAAGUGACAUAAAGGGCUACUAUGAAUUCCUCCAGCACGCUGAAGUGGUUGGUUUCCUGGCACAGCCGGAAAUCGAAUACAUUAAGUCCACAAUCCAGGUGCCCAACCAGACCUCCGGCAUUCCUGAGCUGACGUACCACGAGGGAGGUCAAGAGGAAGAAGGCUCCUCCGAUACCUACUGGCCAAUGCAGUCGGACACGGCCGCCCCGGGGCUGGACCUGGGCUGGCCGCUGCCGCAGCACAGCUUUGUCGGGCCGACGGAAGUCACCACUCUGGUCAACCCGUCGGACCCAGACAUGCCGAGCAUCAAGGAGCAGGCCAGGAGACUCAUCAAGAAUGCACGACAAGUUAUUGCUGUGGUGAUGGACAUGUUCACAGACGUUGACAUUUUUUCUGACCUCUUGGAUGCAGCAGCACGCCACGUUCCCGUUUACAUUUUACUGGAUGAGCAUGAAUGUCACCAUUUUGUCUCUAUGGUCAUCAACUGCAAAGUCAACUUGGAAUUAAUUCCUAUGAUGCGUGUCAGGACUGUGGCAGGAAUAACCUACUACUCCCGGACGGGGCAGUCCUUUAAGGGGCAGGUGAAAGAUCGUUUCUUAUUGGCUGACUGCAGGGCGGUGCUCAGUGGGAACUACAGUUUCAUGUGGUCCUAUGAGAAGAUCCACCGCUGCGUUGCCCACCUCUUCCUCGGGGAGCUGGUUGCCACCUUUGAUGAAGAGUUUCGCAUCCUCUUUGCUCAGUCAGAGCCUCUAGUCAUUGACCCAUCCAAUGGAGCACUUGCUCUCUCUGACACCAGCAGCACCAGCAGUUACAUGAGCAGCCAGUUCGGUUUGAAGAGGACCCAGUCUUUGCGUAACCCUUUAGGCUACCGAAGGCAGCCUGAGAUUCCCUCUGCCUUCCCCUAUGGGGACUCUGAUCGUAACCCUGCAAUUGGCUUCCGGAGGAAUGACCCGUAUCGUCAUUCAAUGGAACCUGGGGCAGGAAUUACAAUUGGGAAGUAUUCACAGCAACAGUUUCGUCUGCAGCAAUCGUUCCUAGAGCAGGGACGGUCCAUAGUGUCCAGGCAGAUGGAGAUGAGUAGCAGUGCCUACAAGAGGCAUAGCUAUGCAGAAGGAACCCAGGAAAACUAUACAUCUUCAAGGCAAUACAUGAAGCACAGAGUCAUGAACAACUUGGAUGAGACUGACUUCCACAGGGAACAGACUCACAGUAGUCAUUACUACACUGACGAGCCUGGGCUUGAUUCUGGUCACGGACACUACGACAGACUUCGAGGCCGUCCUCCACACCUCUCCAUCGACCAGUAUUCAGACUCAAGCCAUCGCUCAGAUCUCGAGAUUCCACCUGGGAACUACGGCAGAGACUACUUUUCAUCUGAGGACCUGGGAGGACCUGAGGGGCACCCAGCCCCUCCGCUAGCUGGGAGGUAUGGAGGAGGAUCCGCUAAUAAGAGGCCAACCAUAGGUCAGGCGUAUGCCUGUCAGAGCUCACCUACGCAGCCUCAUCCACCAGAGAAGAAGCAAUACCACAAACCAUCUGAUCAAGAAUGCGAUCAAGAUGCAAGCGUAAAGCAAGGCCUGAGGAGUUGGAGAAUCAACUCUUACCUUAGUACUUAUGAGGAUGGUGGAGAAGAAGGCCUGUCUCAACCUAUGGGGCCUGAUGCGUUUGAAGAGCCUCCACAACCUCAGCAACCAACAGCAACUGAAAGUUCAGCUCCACGCUUUGGAAUAAAGGAGCCACCGAAUGUUCCCUCCAAGCCCAGGCCAGAUAUCUUGAGACCACGCUUUGGAAAGCCGGUAUUACCUGAGAGCAGUAAUAAAGACUCGGCCCUGCCAUCGUCCAAGGAUCUACUUCCCUCACGCAUUGAUUUGAGAACAUCUCUACUGGAGAAAAAAGACAGAGAGGUGGAGAGAGAAAAGGAAAAGGAGAAAGACCAGGGUGCAGCAAAGGAAGGGGCUGCUGAUACGGAGAUGAAAGAGACUCCAGAUCUCUUUCUGUCCAAACACGAAUCAUUCCGGUCACGAAUUAACCCACUCCUUCAACGUAGCUCUCGUCUGCGGUCCUCGCUUAUAUUCUCAUCUUCCAAGGCAGAGAUACACAGUGGUAGCUUAGGUUUAAAACCAGCCACAGAGGAAGACGAGGAGUUGGACUCAGGACGCACCACCUCAAUUGUGGCCCAGAUCCUAGAAAAGAGGAGGUCUUAUUCUCGUGAACCUUUUGAUUGGCGAAAGAAAGCUGAAGAAAAAGACAAGGAGAAAGAAAAGGAGAUGGAGAAAGAAGAAGAGGUGACGGACCAACAGCAACAGAAAGAGGAACGGGAGAUGCGAUUGAAAGAUGAGAUUAAAGAAGAACCUGUGAAAACUGCCAUAGAAGUAAAGAUAACACCAGCUGCGGAAAAACCUGAAGUCACAACAUCGUCAUCUUUGAACAUGAAUGACCCAGCCAGUCGACUGCAGUAUUUCAAAGAUCUGGCUGCCAAAAGAAAAGCCUCAAAAAUGGAGACAGAGACAACGCUAAAAGCCCCCGAGCCUGCUGAAAAGAAGCCAGAUCUUUCUGAGAAACCUCCUCUCAACACUGCAACAAUUUCAAAGCCCCCAAGUGGCUCCAACAGUUCAGCAGAACCACAACCAAAAAAGCCAGACAUCUCUGCAAAACUGGCAGAGCUCACCCGCAGGUCUUCAUUUAGUUCUUCAAAACCAUCAAUAAUCACUGCCAAGCCUUUUACGAGCUCUACGAAGACUUCAGAGUCGUUGCAGCCUCAUAAAGAGGACAAUGCAUCAGAAGGUCAAAAGAAAGAUAUAUUCAAGUCUCUGAAGCCUCUCCCUUCACCUAAGAUCUUUAAGAGGGAUCCGCUGAAGCUUAAGGGGCUGAAUCCUCGUCGCAUCUCCUGUGAUGAGGAGAUUCUGACCGGAGAUGCUACAGACGCAGAGAAGACUGAAAUGAAAAAGAGCCGCUCUCACAGUUCUUCAACUCUGACACAUGAGGAAUCUAAGGAAGGACUGAGAAAGAUUAUGGGAUCUAAUACGUCGAUCAACACAAUUGGCGAGGGAAAGGGUGAGGGCAAGACACUCGACUUCCUAAAGAAGCAGACUCAGAGGCUAAAGGGAUUCCUGGGACCCAAAGAUAAAGAUAAGAAAACCUCAGGUGAUGAUAGGAGCAUGAGCACGGUCAGAGAGGUCACUGAUGACUCAAGCAAAAGGCAAAGCUCGUUAACUAAAGAUACAACAUCUACCGCUGCUGACCAAACCACAAGCAACCACAAGACGUCAGCCGGGGGGACAUCCGUCACGUCCCGAUACCAGCCCCAGGGCAGCUCUGUUUUGUUCAGUAGCAACCUACGAGACGACACCAAAGUUAUUCUGGAGCAAAUCUCCGCCAACAGCCAGAAAAACCGUCAGGAACGAGAAGAAACGGGAGGGGACAGAGGUGGCGAUGCAGGAGAAAAGGCGACGGAGGGCCAGAGCACCCUGAAAAGGAACCGAUUUCUGCGGCCGCCGGGCAGCAGCCAGGAGCGGGAGGGACUACUGAAGAGGAUAGAGAGUAUGAGGAAGGAGAAGAAGGUCUACAGCCGCUUUGAGAUGGGGAAUAACCUGGGAUAACCAAAGACGGACCAGCGGCCUUCAACAAGGAAACUAUUUAUGCAACAUGAUCAAAAACACCCACAUGUGCCAACGACACUAUCAAAGUACCUCUGGGGCCCGACGCGGCAGCCUUUUCUGGAUUUUCACAAGAAGUUAUAAAACUUGAAAUGACUAUGUAUAAAAAUGCUGAAAACAAAGUAAAGAGUUUGGAAUAUGCCUGUUUGCCAAGACAUGGUACUACUUUUUCCUUAUAUGGUGACUGAGAGAAACAGGAGGGACUCUACUUGCAUACUGGCUGCAUGGGCUAAUGUUUCACCAAACAGAAAGAAGGUAGGGUAAUUUACUCACAACUGAGCUAGUAUGAAUGUGACUGAGGGACACAGAGGAGAAAGACUGCACAGAAGAGAGGCAACAGAUGCACACCGCUCAAAAAAAACCACGUCGGCAUACGACUGCACAUGUAAAGUACCGGUGUUGUUUGUUUCUGUGUAGCUGUGACUUGUCCGAUAUAAAUGGGAGAAAGCGUCAUUGUGGAUCCAACCAUGUGCCAAUGGCCCAUCAAGGCUAGAAGUUUAUUGUUAUCCCAAACCAACAGGCAUUAAUGAGGACAUGUAGAGGAAUAAAAUGAGAUGAUUAGAUUAUGAAGGGUGAUAAAUGAACUGCAGGUUUGUGAGACUAUAGUGAAUGAAGAAGUGAGGACAAAGGAAUCUGAAAGCGAGAAAUGUGUUCUUUUAUAUGUAAUGGUAAUUUUGCAGCAGUGCAGUUGUAAUACAAAGUAGAGGCUGUAGUGAACUUUACUCUCUCGAGGGAGUGUAAUAAUGUACCUUCCCAUCAAGGUGUGGAGCCACUUCUCUGGGUUGAAGAUGUCAAACAACCAUUCAGAGAGGGGCCCUAAGAGCGUUCAUGGCCAGGGGAGUGGAGUUAACAAUGUGUGCGAGUCUUUGUUUUAUGUAAUGUAAAUAAAAAUGUAAAGCAUUGACAGCUGCCCCGAGUCACUGUAAAAAUAGUUUCUCUUUCCAUCCUGACCUUUAAAACCUGGCGUUACCACUAAAAGAAAGCAGCAGAAAAAAGGAUGGGUAUUUAAUGCAGUACUGGAGCAGCGCCAUGCCUCCUUACAUAAGUCACUUAACUUGAAAGACCUACGCCCUGCGCAGGACUCCAAACUCCUUUGUUGGUCUGUAAACACAAUUAAACCAAAGACUCAGUUGUACGACUCAGAUCCAUGCUGCUUGACAGCUCGGCUGGGCAUCAAACCAUUUAGUCUUCAGUGUGUUUUUGUUGAGUAUGUCGAGAGAUUGGAUAAACUAUUUCUUUUUGGACACUUCAGGGUUUACACUGUUUUCUAUACAGGAUUGUAUAUAUUUAUAUAAAAUGGGGCUUGUUGAUAUUUUAAGUAACAAAUUAGAUGGUGAUCUCCCUCGUUGCGCCAUAAAAGUGCCUUGUGUUUAUUUUUUAAUUAAUAUGUGAGUAUGUGGUAUUAGCUGUAAAAACUAAUUGGCAUUAAUUAGGGAAAUCAGCUACACAGGGUCAGUGUGUUCUGUCUUUUUCUAAACCUCAGAUAGUGUUACAUUAUAUUUGAAAUACUGCAAAAAAAAAAGUCUUUUAUUAAAUCUCUUUAAAACUGAA